UCGGUUGGAUGGCUGGGCGGAUUUUUAAAGACUGGUGUGGUGUAUCUCCUACGACAUUAUAGACAUUAAUUGUCAAAAAGACAAACACAAAUACACACAACUCUCCAAACAAACACGAGUGCAGGAAUCGCUUAUGAUGAAAAUCGCGUUUACGAGGGAUGAGUUUCUUACAGGGAAUAGUGGAUUCGUUUAGCUCCAUCUUCUCUCCCGAUCCUUCUUCUUCUACUUCUUCUCAAUCUCACCCCAAUCUCACAGCUUCAGGAAUGGAAGCUUCUCCGUCUUCGGUUUCAAACGAACGCGUAGCUUACAAGCUCAAAGGGUACUACGAUUUGGCCACGCAAGAGAUCGCAAAGGCAGUUAGGGCUGAAGAGUGGGGCUUGAUCGACGACGCUCUUCUUCACUACAAGAACGCUCAAAGGAUCCUCCUCGAGGCUAAUUCAACUCCUGUUCCUUCCUUCAUCACUUCCAGUGAACAACAGAAGGUGCAAUCAUAUCGUCAAAAGAUAUCUAAAUGGCAGGGCCAAGUUUCUGACAGAUUACAGAGUCUCAGUAGACGAGCAGGUAGUUCAUCUGCCAAUCAGAGCACCUCAAAAAUUGCACAAACUGCUGCAGUUCCAAUUAAACCAUCAAAUACUAGAAACAAUGUGUUGCAGAAGUUUCCUCAAACAACAGGUCAGGUGAAUAAAGUUGGAAGCCCAAAAUCUAGUCAAGCGUCUGGUGCAAAUUAUGACACAAAACUUGUUGAAAUGAUUAACACUGCCAUAGUAGAUAGAAGUCCUUCUGUUAGAUGGGAAGAUGUUGCUGGGCUUGAGAAAGCAAAACAAGCUCUAAUGGAGAUGGUUAUUUUGCCAACUAAGAGAAGAGACUUGUUCACUGGUCUUCGAAGGCCAGCUAAAGGGUUGCUUCUCUUUGGUCCGCCUGGUAAUGGAAAGACCAUGCUUGCCAAAGCAGUGGCUUCAGAAUCCGAAGCAACAUUUUUUAAUGUGUCGGCAGCUUCCUUGACAUCAAAAUGGGUGGGUGAAGGAGAAAAGCUUGUCCGGACACUAUUCAUGGUAGCUGUAUCCAGACAGCCAUCUGUAAUUUUCAUGGAUGAGAUUGAUAGUAUAAUGUCAACAAGGUUGGCAAGUGAGAAUGAUGCCAGCAGAAGAUUAAAAUCUGAAUUUCUUAUCCAGUUUGAUGGAGUGACUUCCAAUCCUAAUGAUAUUGUGAUUGUAAUUGGUGCGACUAAUAAGCCACAAGAAUUGGAUGAUGCUGUUCUUAGGAGACUGGUAAAGAGAAUAUACAUACCUUUACCAGAAGAAAAUGUUCGGAAACUUCUGUUAAAACACAAACUCAAGGGUCAAGCAUUCUCCUUACCUAGUGGAGAUUUAGAGAGGCUUGUAAAAGAGACAGAAGGAUAUUCUGGAAGUGAUCUGCAAGCCUUGUGUGAAGAAGCUGCAAUGAUGCCAAUUAGAGAGCUUGGUGCUGACAUUCUUACUGUCAAGGCAAAUCAGGUAAGAGGACUGAGGUACGAGGAUUUCAAGAAGGCAAUGGCUGUCAUCAGACCAAGCCUAAACAAAAGCAAGUGGGAAGAGCUUGAGCGCUGGAAUGAGGAGUUUGGCUCUAAUUGAAGUUGUAUUCAGAAAAUGCUCAAAUGCAUACAUAUAUGCAUGAAAUUUGAAAGAAAAUAAACAUGAGUACAUUAACUGAAAUAGAUCAAGACAAAGACAUCAAAGCUAGUGGCUAAAAUAAUGAAUCAGGGUGCUGCUAAUUUUGUAAAUGGCUAUGCUGAAAUCAUAUUUCCAGCCUGUAGCCUUUAAGCCUUUGUUUUGAACUUCGAAACCUUCAGUACAUUUCAGCCUUGAAUGGAAUGGCUGCCAUUAAUUUUUUUUUUUUUUUUAUUCUUUGUAUAUCUUUCUAACUCUAAGGUUACUAUACUUAAGUGCUUUUGGGGUGAUUGUAAAUCCAUCACCUCCUCCUUUCGAAAAAA